UACAUUGGGGCUUUGGGCGCCAGAGUGAUCUGUGACAACAUCCCCGGACUGGUGAACAAGCAGCGGCAGUUCUGCCAAAAGUACCCCGACAUCAUGCAGUCAGUGGGCGAGGGCGCCAAGGAGUGGAUCCGAGAGUGCCAGCACCAGUUUCGGCACCACCGCUGGAACUGCAGCACGCUGGACAGGGACCACACUGUCUUUGGCAGAGUCAUGCUGAGAAGCAGCAGGGAGGCCGCCUUUGUCUAUGCCAUCUCCUCAGCUGGUGUAGUGUACGCCAUCACGCGAGCCUGCAGCCAGGGAGAGCUGAAAGGCUGCAGCUGCGACCCCCGCAAGCGCGGGCGCUCCCGGGACGAGCGGGGCGAGUUCGACUGGGGCGGCUGCAGUGACAACAUCCACUACGGCAUCAAGUUCGCCAAGGCCUUUGUGGAUGCCAAGGAGAAGAAGGUGAAGGAUGCCCGGGCCCUGAUGAACCUGCACAACAACCGCUGUGGGAGGAUGGCCGUGAAGCGCUUCUUGAAGCUGGAGUGCAAGUGUCAUGGGGUCAGCGGCUCCUGCACCCUCCGGACUUGCUGGCUGGCCAUGUCGGAUUUCCGCAAGACUGGGGAUUACCUCCGGAGGAAGUACAAUGGUGCCAUCCAGGUCACCAUGAACCAGGACGGCACUGGCUUCACCGUGGCCAACAAGUACUUUCGGAAGCCCACCAAAACAGACCUGGUAUACUUCGAGAACUCCCCCGACUACUGCCUGAUGGACAAGGCAGCAGGCUCCUUGGGGACGGCCGGGCGCGUGUGCAACAAGAUGUCCCGCGGGACCGACAGCUGCGAGGUCAUGUGCUGCGGCCGGGGCUAUGACACAACCCGUGUCACACGCAUCACCAAGUGCGAGUGCAAGUUCCACUGGUGCUGUGCCGUGCGCUGCAAGGAGUGCGAGGACACCGUAGACGUGCACACGUGCAAAGCGCCCAAGCGGGCCGAGUGGCUGGACCAGACCUGACCGCUUGCGCAGUGCCAGAGGGACAAAGCCAAGGCCUCAUGCCCGCCUCGGGCCCCAGGCCCCCGUGCCAGGGCAUUCUGGGAGUUGUAGUGCAGCUGCAUGGCUUUUCUUUAAUUCAUCCGGCAAAGCACUAGAGAGAACUACACUUCCCAGGAGGUCCCAGGGACCCUGCCAACUUGCUCAGCCAACUCACCCCUUCCCUAGAAGGGGCUUGCAACCAUCGCUUACUGUGAAGCUUCCCUUGCCCCUUGUUCUCUUGCAGCAGGACAGUGCAAUGGCCACGAGAUUGGAAAGCAGAGCCCCAGCAACCCUCUCAAUGUGUGUGCACAUGGAGAGUGCCCGGCAAGGGUCUCCAAGGCAAAAGAGUCAAUCCUUGCAGAGAGCUCUGGUCCUGAACUUUGUGCACGGCCAAGGCAGGAGAUUGCAAAAGCCUAAGGCAGCUCCUUGAUCUCCAGUGCUUUUCUCAGCCAGAUCUCGCACAAUGACACAGCUGAAUAAUGAACACAGCUGGACAAGAGCAACUCCUCCUUCCCCCAACUGAAAAAGGGGAAGGCGACAGGUGACUGAGACCCGAAUGACUGCCACGGGAGAAGGGCGUACAUGCAGGGACAUGCACAGAGCAUGCAAGAGAGCAGUCUGCCAACAUGGCGUCAGGCUCCUUGCACGUGGUGUAUACUGCUUCAUUCUUUUUAAGACAAAAAUCCAUUAUAAACCUGUAUCCAAAAU